UUCGUUUGUAUAUAUUAGGCUACUGUGUACAACGGACUUGCACAUGUUGUAUAUGGGAAUCUUAAGAUGGUAAAAUCUGUAAGUUAUUUUACACAAAACUAGAUGGUAGCAUUUUUUUCUUUCGGUAUUUGUUUUCUAAACGUUGAAAUACACCGUUGAGUCGCAAUUCACGAACAAAUCCGUCACUUUUUAAAAGCGCAAAGCCAGUACUUUUGAGGGGACAGACUUAAGAGCUGUAAAUCUGUAUAAGGAAAAUAGUUGAGCAACACGGCCUUUGCUAUGGAGAGGAAUGAUAACGUGCUGCUGAGUGUAACAGAGCAGUGUGAUAAUGUGGCAGGUACAGCGUGUCCAAGUGAAGAUGCAGAGCAUUUCGAAGGAGUGAAUUUUUCAGUGUCUGCAGUUUUGCCAGCUGCUGGUUGUGGUGAGAGAAUGGGUGUUCCUACUCCAAAGCAGUUCUGUGAUAUCCUGACAAGACCACUCAUCAGCUACACCAUGCAAGCUUUUGAAAAGGCUCAGUGGAUUAAAGACAUAGUUGUGGUGGUGGCAAGGGAGAAUACGGAUUUUAUGAAAUCUGUUGUGUGUAAGUAUGGGCACCAAAGAAUUACACUUGUUGAGGGUGGAUCCACUCGUCACAGGUCAAUCUUCUUGGGCCUUAAGGCCUUUACAGAGACUCAGUCUUGCUUGCCUUCACUGUCAAAACCUAAAGUGGUGAUUAUCCAUGAUGCAGUGAGGCCAUUUGUAGAAGAAGACCUGCUUUCCAGGGUUGCCAUAGCAGCUCAUAAAUCAGGAGCAGCAGGAGCCAUUAGACCCCUUGUGUCUACAGUCAUUGCAGCAUCACUAAGUGGCUUCUUAGAUCACUCUCUAGAGCGUGCAAGAUACAGGGCUAGUGAGAUGCCUCAAGCCUUUCUUUUUGAUAUUAUUUAUGAGGCAUACCUUUGUUGCAGUGACUCAGAUUUCGAGUAUGGAACAGAGUGUUUGCAUUUGGCUCAGCAGUACUGUAACUCAAGUGCUAAGCUUAUUGAAGGACCAUCUGACCUCUGGAAGGUAACGUACAAGAGGGACCUCUAUGCAGCUGAAUCCCUUUUUAAAGAAAUGCUUACAGAACAGGUAUGGAUCUUUGCAGGAACUGGGCACCAUACAAGUUAUUUAGGCAAUCUAUUGCAGGAUGCUAUGCAAGCUACUGUGAAGACAAUAAAAGUGGUUUCUACUGGUAUUCAUGGAAAUUUGUGUCUGAAGGAUGUAUUAUCAGUACCUUGUUACAAUUUUGUUUGUAUUGCUACCAAUUCUUCCAGCAUGCAGGAAGUGAAGUGGCUUACAAUGAGUGUUGUAACUGCUAACAUCUCCACUUUGUAUCCAGUUGUUGUGGUUACUGUUCACCUGGAUGACAAUUUAGGAAGAACAGCAGGUGCCAAUAUAAAAGAAGAUCCUGGUGGUUUCAGACAUCUAGCAAAGGAAUUGAAACCAAAAAAUGUUUUGCUCUAUGGCCUCCUGAUUCAGGGUCUAAAAGGCUCAGCACAAAUGCAGGAAUCUGUUGCAGAGGCAAGUGUAAUUAUUAAUGCGCUGAUAAAGGAAAGAAGUCCUGCACUUACUGGUCAGCUGUUGGUGGCAUAACAUUUGACCUUUCCUGUUAGAAGAACCUUACUUUAACACUUGCUGCUGAUACUAGUAUAAUAAUGUAUACUUGGUGAAGAUGCAUCAGCAUGGCUUGACGGAGAACAUAUUUGCCUUGGGAAUAGAGAAUGUUAAGGGUUCUGUCACAAACCUAAGCUGGUGGGAUAGUGUUGCAGAACGGCAUUUUCCAGUUUAUAAUAAAUGAUCUGCUGCAGCUUGGAUUAACCUUCAGAUGAGAUAUUAAUCUCCAAAAAUAAAUGUCAUGGUUUAUCUCUUUGGUUCCACAACAGCUGCAGAAAGUUACACCCUUUGCCUAUUUCAGUACAGUUAAUGGUACAUCCUGAACCUUUACAAGCAAAAUUAGUGCCAAGAUGAUAUCAGCAUUUCCUGCAAGGAAAAUGCUAUUGCACCAUUAUAAGCAGGGAAGUUAAAUGUAGCAUGAGGUAUUGGACUUUUUUAUUGAAUUAAACAAUCAAAUUAUAUUUAUUUUAAUUAAAAAAAAAUCAAGCAACUUUCAGUAUUUUUGAAUUCUUAUGAAGUGGCUUUUCUUAUGUUUAAUUUUGCCCAUAAAUUGUUUGACUUUUGAGCUCCUGACAUAAAUGUGGAAGUUGCAUAUUUCUCCUAGCUGUAAAAGCAACCAAAGAUAGUACUGAAAAUCCUUCAUGGUACACACAAAGUAUCAUUGGUCAUGUUGUUCACCAUGAUGGAGCCUUGCAUGUUAUGCAUAUUUUUUGUAAGCUUAUUUUUAUCUAAAAUAUUAUGUGUGGAAAUAUUACAGAUUUUCGUUUAAUGCACACACAAACACAAGUAAUUCUAACUGUACAUUGUACGCAUCAUUUAUAUAAGUGGCAGCUUUGAUAGUGCUGCGGCCUUUAAUGUGACACAUGUAACAAAUGCUAACAAAAAUAAGCAAAUUGCAUACUUAAGUAUGGCAAAUAUGAUACGACUUGUACGUGAUAAUCGUAUGAUGUUAUUUAAUUUUUGUUCUUUGUGAUGUGGCCUUUUUCACAAUACAUUUAAAUUGUUUUAAUACAGGCUGUAUAUUUAGUAAGCUGUUAUAAUUAAAACACUAAAUGCCAUCUCCUUUAGGAGCAGGGAAUGUGUGUGAUGCAUAUCUACAGACAUUGGAUUAGAUCUUAAAUGGACUUCUCUAGACACUACAGUGCAGAGUUAUUACUUUUAGUACACUACCUACAGUAGCUUUAGGUACUUCAUUUAUUUCACACACACUCUAUCCAGCUCAAAGGACACUGAAUAUGGAAUUGUAUUGCCAUUUCUUCUGUUAAAAAGUGUAACUUUGUGUAAGACAUAAAACUGAUUAUUAUUGGAGCAGUAAUAGUUGAACAUAUGCCCUGGUUGGCAUAUUUUGCUUAUAUGAGAAAUAUUGUGAUUGACCCAGUUGUACAGCAUUGUGGCAUUUUGCCGUAUGAAAGACUUGCAUUUUGCACUAGCCAAGGUGAAGGGUGUUUAAUGUCUUGAAUCGGUACACUUUACAUCAUGAAAAGCAGAAUUCAUGAAUCCUCAACAGUCAUCCUUACAAAAGUAAUGAUGUUUCAUGUUUGAAAGGGGCCAGAUAGCCAGUGUUCAAGGCAGAUCCUCUAUGAAUGUGCUGUUAUAGUUUCACAAUGAAAAUUGCUUGUCUCCCCGCUGAACUAAGUAACUUUUUUGUCCAUUUCAUUUUGUCUGCAAUUUUAAACAUGCAUGUUUUAUCUUAAGUACUUUCUUGUUUUGUUUGCUUUUACAGUAUCUUAAUCAUUAAGCCAAAUAAAAACAUUUUAUAG